CAGUGCAGUGCUGACCUCGGAUCAGAUUUGUGGAUCGUACAUGACUGACUCACCGAUCCUUGAUUAGCAUUUCACCAUUUUCAUGAGUUUUAUGCAUUGUGAUGGAAUUAAACUUCCCACUUCUCCGUUACAUCUGAUUUCUAGUCUGAAAAAAAAGUGAAGUGAGAUAGAGCCAUCCUCUUCAAAGUAUCUGCGUGUUUCUCUGAUUUGGGAAAAGCACAUGUGAAACUGUCCGAACAUUGCAUGCUGGCGAUCAUCAAUGCUUUGUUGUGAGUUGCUUUUGAGCGGCUCCUCCAUCCAAACAGUCUGGUGAAGAUUUUGGUGAAGGUCCUGGAUGCCUCAUGAGAAUCCUAUGAAGAGCUUGUGGAAUCAUGGUGCCUUUCCAAGAGGUUCUAUCCGAGGUGAGGAGGGUUCUGCAGGAGUUGAAUCCGAACUUCCUGCCUUCACUUCUCACCCAGCUUGUGGAGGCUCAGAUCUUUUCGGCUCAGUACUACCAGAGCUUUUUUUCCGAGAGCCUGAGCGAUGUGGAUGUGGACGAUUUGGCCAGGAGACUCGCUCUUCCUGUUUGGGAGAAAUGGGAUGCCAGCAAAGUAAUCCUCUCUUCAGUCCUCACAGAGAACGAGACAGAUAUCCAUGAACCUGAAGACAUCAUGACCAGUGUGGAUCAUGGGGAAACCAUGCCUGUAACAGAUCGUCUAUUGGACAUGAUCGUCUCUGCGCCACUUGAAGAAUUUCCAUUUGAAGAAUUUCUCGAUUCAAGUUACUCAGAUGAGGUCUGGGACGAUAUCCCAGAUGGAUCAGAUGAAAAAUCCACACUGGUUUAUGGGGUAUGCAGUGAGAUUUCAUCUCCGACGGAAAUACCAACCAAGAAGCGUCGAGUAGUGUGUGAAAGGGCACCGAAGAAAACACCUCGCGCUAAACGCAGUAAAAGAGCCCCCAAGAGCUCUGAAACGCCCCCUGAAGUCAACAUGGCUGUGCAGGAAGGGGAUUUCCACGUCACUGGCGUGUCCUCGCUUGUACGCUUCCCCUUAACGAUCGCCACUACCGCCUCUCUGAUGCCAUCUGGUGCACCAGCAAUGCAGAUCAUACAAACAUUCAACCCCCUUUCUCCUCCAGUGAUUAAAGGCAUUCUGCCGGUACGGCACACCUAUGUGCUGGUUUCACCACAAUCUCUAGCUCCAGUGCCAAUGCCACAGAUUGCCCCUUUGUCACCUGUUGAUGGUACAGUGGCUCCUUUAGAGCUCAGCAUGUCCAUUCAUCCCGUAAGCUCAUUAUCGGACAGCGCAAGUAGGGGUCAGUCUCCAUCCCAACUAGCUCCUGUUUCACCCUCAAAAGACAAAUCACCCUCCAAAGAGUAUCUUUCUACAACCCAGCAAAUCAAGAAGAUGCCAGUGAUACCAAAGAAUGUUCAAGACUUCAUUGAGUGCUUGAAGUUACACCUACAAAAAACGUGUAGUAUGAUGCAAGGAGGAAUGAGCAUGGAGUCUCACUACAUAGACACACCACUGGUGCAAAGGAAGCUUAUCAUCAGAACUGGCAAAAAUGCAAACAAAUGCUUAGAGAAGGAACUUGUGGUGCUCAGUGAUUCAGAGCGAAAGAAAGCCACGAUGCACAGGAGCCAUGUUUUCCAAAACUAUGGAUCCAAUAGCAAGCAACUGAUCACAGUCCUUGGGAAAGCCGGCAUGGGAAAAAGCACAUUUAUCCAGCGUUUGGCCUUGGACUGGUCCACCGGUGGCCUUCAGCAGUUCCAAUUCAUCUUUUUGCUGAAUUGCAAAAUUCUCAAUCUGACUCAGGCGAGCUAUAGUCUGAAGAGUUUGCUGUUUGACUCAUCCAUGUUUCCUCAGUGUGAGGAUUCAGAGGCCAUCUUCAAACACGUUCUCGCCUUUCCAGAGAACGUUCUCAUUGUUUUUGACAGUUUCGAUGACAUGAAAGACCUUGAAGGUCUUCUUCAAUCCACCGCUACCUCAGCCACGGAUGGCGACUACAGUAUCCGGCAGCUCUUUUCUGGUUUGUUCCAGAAAAAGAUUCUGUCAGGGUGCACACUUUUGAUUGCCACCCGACCCAAAGAUGUCUUAAACCAGCUGCUGCGGAAAGUAGACAGUAUCUUGGAGUUAUGUUGCUUUUCUCCAAAGGACAUAGAAAUGUAUGUCUCAAACUAUUUUGGGGAUACAUCAGAGAAAGAGAAUGCACUGAGAACAAUAACAAGCCAAAAAUAUAUUUUCAACUUAUGCUCGAACCCUUUGCUAUGUCGCCUUACGUGCUUUUUGUCAGAGCAUCAAAAAAGCAAUGGUUUGCCUUCGACUCUUACGGAUUUAUACCAAAGAGUGCUCAGCCAGCAUUUAGAGCUGAAUGAUAACCUUCAGGGAUCCGACAAGGACAUUGUGCAGUUAUGUAACGUGGCAUGGGAUGGAUUUAAGAUGCAAAGCUCCCUUUUAAACCAAAAUCAAAACAAAAACCUGGUAGACUACGGACUCAACUCUGGGAUACUUACGACACGUACACGAUAUGAAGAACCUGGCAACAAGCAGGUCACCUAUUUUGCUAAUCUUUUUGUGCAGAACCUUCUAACCGCUCUGCUUUUGGUACAUUCUAAUGAAAUGAAUGACAAAACGCUGCUGGGUCAGACUGCACUCCACCAACGUAAAAGGAAGUCUCCAGGAGAAUGGCAGGAUGUGCUACAAAGGUUCGUAAUGGGAUUACUCUUUCAGAAAAACACCCCCCCCUGUUUCAGGGUCUUCCAAAGCAGUACUGACCUACAGGCCAAAAGAAAAGCAGUGGAAGUCCAUCUGGAGAAUCUGAAACCGGGUGAGCUGAUUCCCAGCAGGUUACUGGAACUGUUUCAUUGUGUGUACGAGGCCAGAAAUGUCAAACUUGCCAAACUUCUGGUCAAAAACCUUCCUGACAAUCUGUCAUUUUGCGGAGCUCAGCUCUCUCCAGUGGAUGUCUAUGUUGUUUGGCAUCUUCUGUUGAAUACCAAAGGACUCAAACGGACAUUUUCCAUUGACUUGAGGGACACGUGUGUUCCUCUCAGUGGUCUCAAAGAGCUGGUUGCGCUGGACUGUGUGGCCUCAUUCCGAGCACCUACGAUGGACGCCAUUAAUCUGUGGGAGGACCUGCAUCACAGCAAUGAUGAACUGAGUUUGAAAAAUGCCAUCGACAAGUUUACUAUAAACCCUCUGAAGGUGUCUCAGGUGUCUCAUGUGGAGAACCUGCUCGUUCUUGUACAAAUCCACAAUGAGAAGAAGCUGCCCUUAUGCGAGGCGGAGCCGGCUCUAGAGGACGGUGUCCCAGCAGUGAGACAUCUUCACAAGUUGGAGUACGAGCUCGGCCAGCAGAACAGUCCUGAGGUUUUUCUCCGGCAGGCGGAGGUCUUAUCUGCUCUUCAGUCUCUCCAUCAUCUGGAUCUGGAGAAUAAUAAAAUGGGGGAUGCUGAAGCGGAGCAGUUGGCCGGUGUGCUGAGCUCGCUGUCGUCUCUGAAGCUGCUGAAUCUUUCUCAGAACUGCAUCGGAGACGCCGGAGUGCAGAAACUUUCCGAGGCCCUACCGUCCGCGUCCUCGCUGCAGAGCCUCAGCCUGUAUGGAAACGUGAUCGGGGACAGCGGCGCUGAGAGCUUGGCGUCGGUUUUACCGCUCAUGACGUCUCUGCUGGACCUGGAGGUCGCGGGGAACCUGGAGUCUAUCCCAGGGAGCAUGGGGCACAAGGAGGGGGACACCCUGGAAGGGAUGCCAAUCCAUCGCAGAGCACAAUCACAUGCACAUUCACACACUACGGACACGUUUUGGACACGCCAAUCAGACUACCAUGCAUGUGUUUGGACUGGGGGAGGAAACCGGAGUACCCGGAGGAAACCCCUGUAGUUCUGAAACCCUUGCGCAGCACAGGGAGAACUUGCAAACUCCACACACACAAACACACACACACACACACGGGGCAGCGGCGGGAAUCGAACCCUCAACCUUGGAGGCGAACGUGCUAACCACUAAGCCACCGUGCGCUCCAUAUAUAACGUAUUCAAUAAAUAAAAUUAAUUGAUUUGGGGGUAAAAGUGUCUGAGCCAAAUGGAUUAUUUUUCAAUGUUUAAUUUGGACAUAACAUUAAAGAAAAUUAAUAAAAUAUAUAAUAAUAAUAAUAAUAAUAAUAAAAGAACAAAACAGCAAAAAAAAAGAAGAGAAAAAAUGGAGUAAGCCACAAAUAAAGGGGGGAAAGAUGAUGGAGACAAACUGAUUAUUUUUCUCCAUUAAAUUAACUUUUAAAGUUAAAAGCUACAAAAUAUAAAAGUGAAUAAUACUUUAAAAAAAAAAAAAAGAA